AUGAAGCGCGGUGAUGAGCACAAGAAUAAUAUACCAAACCUUGUGCAAUCCAGGGAAAUCGUCGACUUCAUUCUCAACUUUUUAUCCACAUCUAAUAACGAAACACUGCUCUGUGUUUUCUUAUGCCUGAUCGCUGUGACCUACAUUGUAUUGGGACGAGUCGGGUUAAUCCUGAUCGGUUUUGUAUUGGGAAUCGUUUUGCACGCGUCUUGGGAUGGGAUAAGUGAUGGUUCUGCUUCCAACGAAAUGGUGUCCAAGAAAUCCAAUAAAAAGAGGGAGCUUGCACUGGAAGUAGUCAAACGAUUGAUCGACCGGCGCAUAUACAAAUCAACCGAUAUCAAUGUUGAAGACAACCCCGAACCAAAAGCUAUUUCGCAAGCUUCAAAAAUAGAUCUCGAAUAUUCGGCUUUCCGUCCAGAAACAGCAUCUGCUUUAAGGUCGCUGACCGAUGCGGUAAUUCAGAACUAUGUGAAUUAUUGGUAUGAACCAAUUUUGCCAUCCGAAACGUCGUUCCCUCUGUCCUGUCGGCGAAUAUUAACCGAUUUUAUUACAUCUGUGUCAUUCCACCUCGCGCGUAAACGGACGACGGACACCUUUCUAGAGUUUCUUACAAACUCCUCCUCAAUCACCAUCGUAUUUCUAAAUGAGCUAUCUACAGCUUUCGACGCCACGGAUACGUAUAUUGAACCGGAACAGAACAUCAAGCGUUAUUUAGAAUUAUUUCCUGAGAGCAGUUUGUCCAAUGUUUUGGCAGUUCAUCAACAACAAAAAAAGCUCAACAUGGCUGCAGAUGAUAUCCUGUCCAACUUUCUCGACAGAAGCGCGUAUAGCUGUCCCGCAAUCAGAGAUUUUCUCCGAGAGGUAUUAGCUGGUGUUGUUUUUGAAUCCAUGGUCUCUAGUCUUUCACGCCCCGAGUUCAUCAAUGGCUGGAUAAUCCACAUUUUCAGCGAGGGUGAAUCUGAGAUCAUGAGCGCAAUUGAUGCUGGUGUCGAAGGGGCGCGAAAGCAAGACGUGGCCAUGAGAAAAGGACCAAGUGAUUCAGCAAAUGUGGCUUUAGUAUCAGCAGAUAACACCGGACCUGACCUACAAUCUGGUUCCAAAACCAGCGGGAAACAGAUCCUCGAUGGGGAUAAGGCAACGGAAGAAGCGAUUAUGGAAACGAAACGCCUAAGUGUUUUGAUUGCAGCCCAAGAUGCACAGAGUCAGACCUCCCUCAAAGACGCAAAGAAUGAUCCGCGGGGUCUGGGUACCCUCAUUGGUGGCGAUGAUGCUGCCCCAACUCACCCGAAUGGGGAGAUGAUUCAAAGCCCUAUGGGCAAACAUUUACAAAGCAAAGAGUACCCCAACGAUGAGAAAAUGCAAAAUAUAAUUGAGCACAUGUCUGAAAAGAGGUCCGAGUCAAUGGAUCCCGUAAGGUCACCUUUGUCACCAUCAGUGUCCAUGGAUUCCUUCCCGAAAGGAGCGAAGUCAUCGUUUGACAGUACUAACGGAUCUCCUCUUUUAACUCUCCACGGUGCCUCUGUGUUAGUGGAUGAUGGCUCGGAGCCGGGAGAAAGGGGGUUGAUACGGUCGAAGCCUACGUCGAACUACCUAUUGCAAAUAGAACCGGUGUCAUCGCGUUCCACCGGCUGGAUGGUUUUCAGAAAAUAUGCUGAUUUCGAAUCACUCCACGAAACACUGGAGACGAUCUCACGAUUAAACAAAAUCCGGGACUUUACAGACCAAUAUCCUACUUUACCGCCUUGGAAAGGGCAAACAAGAACAUUAUUGACACAGAACUUGGAGCUAUAUUUGCACGACGCCCUUCAACAUGAGUCACUCGCGGAAUGUGAAAGAAUGAGACGUUUUCUUGAAAAAGAUGGGUCGCCGGGACCCGAAUCCGCGGGAGGUUCUGUGAAAACCGGCUUUUCUUUCCCUAGUCAGUUUGCCUUCGAAAACAUGGGAAAGGGUGUUCUAGAUGCUUUGACGAAUGCACCCAAAGGUGUCGCCGGGGGUGGCAAAGCUGUUCUAGGCGGUGUAACCGGAGUUCUUGGGGGUGUGGGAAGUGGCAAGAAGAGGUCAUCCUCAGCUGCAAAUUACCAAAAUCUCAAAGGCCGCCCUUUGUCAAAUGAACCUCUUCAAAGCGCACCAGAUGAGGUGGAGGGCCUGAGAAGCCGUGAAACCUCGAUAGGGCUAAAUACAAACACAAAUGGACAUCUAUCUUCGCCAGACUCUCACGCAAGACAAAAUAUCUUAUCCCUUGACGCAUGCUCUGAUCGCAAACCUCCAAACGACUCAGGAGUCCCGCAAAAUGAAUCCUCCAGAAGUGCAAGCAGCAGUUCAAACCCAGCGGCCGAACGAAGUUUAGUUGGAUUAGACACUGACGACCCUUGCCCUUUCUCUCCUAAACUCUCGAAUACCAAAGGUCUAGGUGAUAAAUCUGCGUUGCUUUCACCGGGUAGUGAAACGAAAGCUGAGGCGACCUGUCACCCGACAUUCACUGGACUGAAUGCCCCGGAAAAGCAAAACAGCCCCAUCACGCACGAGGAAACUCAUAUGGCGGUAGAACUUAUAUUUGCCGUCAUAAACGAACUGUACACUUUGUCAUCUGCUUGGAAUAUACGCAGAACGCUCCUGAAUGCCGCAAAAUCGUACAUUCUACGUCCUGGUAGUCCAAAUCUCGAGACGAUUCGCUCUCUCCUGCAAGACUCAAUGAUCGAUGCCCAUACUUCUGAUGAAGCCAUUGGAGUGUAUCUAACCAAGGUACGCGAAAAUUGUCUUCCAACAGAAGCCGAAUUGAAUUCCUGGCCUCCAUCCCCUGGCGAGGUCGAAAAGGAGCGCCUGAAAGAAACUGCACGGAAGCUACUUGUUCAAAGAGGAUUACCUCAAGCCUUAACAAGUGUCAUGGGGGCAGCUGCCAGUCGGGAGGCACUCGAAAAGAUUUUCGAUUGUCUGCAAGUUGAAACCAUUGCCCGGGGUCUUAUUUUCUCUAUUCUACUACAGGCUUUGAGGGCUGUGAUUCUCUGA